ACUGAUAUACCUACCUAGGUAAUCUUUUCAGGUAAAAUAUUGAACGUUAUUCACUGAUGUUAAGUCGGUGUGUGUGCUAUUUAUAAAUGUCUCCUUCAACUUAAUUCAAUACCUAUUAGAGAGAAAUUGACUUUCGGUCUAGUUUUAUAAGUGACACAACAAAUAACGUGAAAAUGGAUGUCGAUACUGAUGGCAGGCGGUCACGUUCACGAAGCAGAUCAGUGAACUCGAAGAUGUCUCAAGAUGGGUCAGUGAGAUCGAAAUCGGGAUCAAGAUCUCGCAGUCCGUCGCGUUCUCGGUCACGCUCACGUUCGAAGUCAUCGUCUCGCUCGAGAAGCGGCUCCCGCGCCUCAUCAAGGUCGCGGUCUGGAUCAGCUAAGUCUAGAUCACGAAGCGCAUCUCGAAGUGUAAAAUCUAAAUCGAAAAGUCGCUCGCCUAAAGCAACAGAGAAGUCCCCGCGCAAAUCAAGGUCUCGCAGUGGUUCUGCAGUAUCUACGAAUAAAUCGCCAGAGCAUCGGGAGAGAAGUAAGUCACCUGAAGAAAUGGACGUCGACGAAGAUGGCCAAGCGACGCGGCGCUCCCACUCCAAGUCUCGCUCGCGGUCGCGGUCGGGAUCAAAGUCACGCUCACGAUCUAAAUCGCGAUCACGAUCUAAGUCGCGAUCAAGAUCCAAAUCACGCUCACGAUCCAAAUCACGAUCACGUUCCAAAUCACGAUCACGAUCCAAAUCACGAUCACGUUCCAAAUCACGAUCACGAUCCAAAUCACGAUCACGUUCCAAAUCACGAUCACGUUCCAAAUCACGAUCACGUUCCAAAUCACGAUCACGGUCCAAAUCACGAUCACGUUCCAAAUCACGAUCACGAUCCAAGUCACGAUCACGCUCCAAAUCACGAUCACGAUCCAAAUCACGAUCACGAUCCAAAUCACGAUCACGAUCCAAAUCACGAUCUCGAUCAAAAUCGCGAUCACGAUCUAAGUCACGGUCAAGAUCGAAGUCGCGAUCAAGAUCCAAGUCGCAAUCACGAUCCAAGUCGCGAUCAAGAUCCAAGUCGCGACCACGAUCCAAAUCACGCUCACGAUCGAAGUCGCGAUCACGAUCCAAGUUGCGCUCAAGAUCCAAAUCACGCUCAAGAUCUAAGUCACGAUCAAGAUCCAAGUCACGCUCAAAAUCCAGAUCACGGUCUCGGUCACGUUCGGGAUCGGCCAAAUCUGGAUCUAGGUCGCGGUCGCGCUCCGGCUCCGGCUCGCCGACGCGUCCAGGUACGCGGCGACGCGUGGUCCGCCUGCAGUCGGACGACGAGGCGGCCGCGCCCGGCGCGCCGGCCGCCGAGGACGAGUCGUCCGGCGACGAGCUGGCGCCCGACUCCAAGACGGCGGACGCGCUGGGCGGGCUGUCGGACUUCGACGCCAUGCUGGCGCGCAAGCGGGACGAGCGGCGCGGCCGGCGCCGGCGCCGCGACAUCGACAUCAUCAACGACAACGACGACCUCAUCGCCGCGCUGCUGCAGCAGAUGCGCCAGGCGGCCGACGACGACCGCGAGCUCAACCGCCGCAACCAGCCCGCCGUGCGCAAGGUGUCGCUGCUCAAGCGCGCCAUGUCGCAGCUCAUCAAGCGCGACCUGCAGCUGGCCUUCCUGGAGCACAACGUGCUCAACGUGCUGUGCGACUGGCUGGCGCCCAUGCCCAACCGCGCGCUGCCCUGCCUGCUCAUCCGCGAGAGCGUGCUCAAGCUGCUCAUGGACUUCCCGUCGAUCGACAAGUCCCUCCUGAAGCAAUCGGGCAUCGGCAAGGCGGUGAUGUACCUGUACAAGCACCCGAAGGAGACGAAGGCGAACAAGGAGCGCGCCGGGCGUCUCAUCUCCGAGUGGGCGCGGCCCAUCUUCAACCUGUCCACGGACUUCAAGGCCAUGACGCGCGAGGAGCGCCAGGCGCGCGACGAGGCCAUGGCGGGCCCGGCGCGGCGCCGCGGCGAGCAGGAGGCGCGCGGGCGGGAGGCGCGCGAGGAGCGCCCGGCGCGGCCCGGCGAGCCCGGCUGGGUGGCGCGCGCGCGCGUGCCGGCGCCCUCGGGCAAGGACUACGUCGUGCGGCCCAAGUCCACCUGCGAGGUCGACAUGUCGCGCAUGAGCAAAAAGAAGAUGACCCGCUACGAGAAGCAGAUGAAGAAGUUUCUCGAUCAAAAGCGUAUGAAGGGCGGUACGAGACGCGCCGUCGAGAUCUCUAUCGAGGGCCGUAAGAUGGCGCUGUAGAUUCUCUACGGGAUAGAAAUGAGCUAUAGAGAGCGAUAACCAGACAGGUCUCCGGGAUCUGUUGGCGUCGGCAACAAUGUUUCUACGAAUUUACUCAUGUGCAAAAAUUGUAGAAGUUCCAGUGCAAUGGUAACAUUUCGAAGAAAAAUGUUAAACGGUUGCGACAACUGAGUUUGGUGACGUGCAGUGCUUUGACAAUGAUUUAGCGACUGAUGAGUUUGUUUAUUAUUAUAAAUAAGAUGUAUUAAAAAUUAAUGAAACGUGAAA